CUUAUUUUCUCUCCAUCCAAACACGCCCUUAUCUCCUUUCCUACAAAAAAACCCAAAGUUUUACACGAACCAAACAGACCCCUAAUCUCUCUCAAUAGAAAGGAUAACUAUUUUAGCCUUCAAUCAAGAUUCCAUCUUUCCAGUGUUCACUCUUUCAAUUUCACCUCUUGCAAAUGAUAUAUGCUGAAUUACACACAAAAAAUUCGAAUGGAGAGGAAGAAGAACCUAGGGUUUCAUCAAUCGAGAGUGAACAACAAGAAGCUAAGAAUGCUAGGGUUUCUAAGAUUGAAGAAGAGGAAGAACCAGAAGAAGAAGAAUCUAGGGUUUCUGAAGUGAGAAGUGAAAGAAGUUUUGAUUUUGCUGUUAAAGAUGAAGAGAGGCAAGAUAGGUUAGCGUUAGGAGAUUAUAGAUCUUUAUGGAGUGAAUUUGAUGAUUUUGUUGCUAACGAGGAUAAUGGAGCAAUGACUGGUACGUCUAGGGCAUUGAUUUAUGGUUUUGAAGUCGGUGAUAUGGUUUGGGGGAAAGUGAAAUCGCAUCCGCGGUGGCCGGGGCAUAUAUUUAAUGAGGCGUUUGCUUCCUCGUCAGUAAGGCGGACGAGGAGGGAAGGUCAUGUGUUGGUUGCUUUUUUCGGGGAUAGUAGUUAUGGUUGGUUUGAUCCGGCGGAGCUUAUUCAGUUUGAUGUGAAUUUCGCAGAGAAAUCGCAGCAAACAAAUUCCAGGACUUUCAUUAAGGCAGUGGAGGAGGCAACGGAUGAGGCGAGUAGGAGGAGUGCACUUGGCUUGGCUUGUAAGUGUAGGAAUAAGUAUAAUUUUAGGCCUGCAAAUGUGCCAGGGUAUUAUGUGGUGGAUGUGUCGGAUUAUGAGCCUGGAGGGGUUUAUUCGGCGAGUCAGAUUAUGAAGGCAAGAGAUGGGUUUAAGCCGGGGGAGACUCUUGCUUUUGUGAAGCAGUUGGCUGUCGGGCCUCAUGGAUGUGAUCAGGAGAGUUUUGAAUUUAUUAAGAAUAAGGCGAGGGCUUUUGCUUUUCGCAAUGCUGUUUUUGAAGAGUUUGAUGAGACCUAUGCACAGGCAUUUGCAGUUCAGAGUUCACGGCCUUCUAAUGAUACCGCUAAGGUACCAAAUCAGCUUGCUAAAGAGCCAACUCGAGCUCCUUUGAGUGGUCCAUUGGUGAUAGCUGAAGCUCCGGGUGGCGAGAAGAGCUCAAAAAAACCUAUAAAAGUCAAGGACCAUUCAAAAAAAGGCAAUUAUCUCCUUAAGCGAAGAGAUGAGCCAAGUGAGCUGAGAGCUUUUGAAAUUGUCCAAAGGCAAGCAGGUUCCUCAUCCCUAGCAGUUUAUGUGGAGGCUGGUUCAUCAGCAGUGGAAGCUGGUGAUUUUGUGUUGCAGAAAAGAGCUUCAACCCCCCAUAUUUCAGCAAAACAUGAGCAGUCUGUGCUUAUAACCAAAGAAGAUGUGGAUUCUAGUGAAGAUGGAGCUGGCAAAGCAGCGUUAGUCUUAGAUCAUGCUCCAGGAGAUGCAAAUGUGUCUCUUGAUAAGAAGGGUGCUAUGCAAGAAAUAGAAGGUGAACCAGGAUCAGAUGUGGCUGUGGGUCUGAUGAGUACAGGGUGGUCUGACUUACCUGGGAAGGAGCAGCUUAAGGGUGUGUCAGAUUGUACAUAUGAAGAGAGUGCAAAAGCAUCAGGAUCAAAUCAAGUUUCUCAGCAAAAUGAACUGAGCUUUUCUGCAAGAGCAGAGGUAGACAGUGGAUUGAGUAAACUUCAGGAUGGUGAGCCAGGUUCACUUCUUUCACCACUUAAUGCCACACAAUCUGUUGGAACAAGUACAGGUAGUGGAGUAAAAAAGGUCAAAGUCAUUAAACGGCCUGUUGGGGACACCAGUUCGCAGAAGUCUAUUAUGGGGGGGAAAAGGAAGAAAGAGAUACGAGCAGAAACUAAUCCUGAUCGUCCAAAGAAGCGAUUGGCCACUGGAAAAGGUGAGGAAGUGAGAAUCUCAUUAGGAAAAUCCACCCAUAUCAGUUUUUCUCCUGGAGAGGAUUCUCAGCUUAACAGUCAAAAGAAAGAUGGUAUUGAGUUCGAGCUACCACAGCUACUUAGUGAUUUCCUUGCUCUAGCUCUCGAUCCUUUCCAUGUUGCAGAAAGAAAUAGCCAUUCAGUUACAAUGCAUUUCUUCUUGCGAUUCCGGUCCCUCGUUUUCCAGAAAAGCUUGGUUUUGUCACCACCAUCCGAGACUGAGGUUGUUGAAGUUCGUGGCACUAAAUCCUUGUCCAGUAUUGGGGCUUCUGACUAUUCUGCCAGUGAGGACACCAGAGGUUUGAUACCUUCAAAACCAGCAAAACUCCUUGUCAGACCUAAUGAUCCAACAAAAGCUGGACGGAAGCGUUUGCCAUCUGAUCGCCAGGAAGAAAUUGCAGCAAAAAGGCAAAAAAAAAUUAUUCAGUUGAAGUCAUUGGCUGCAGAGAAGAAGGCUCAGAGAACUUUGGAUACGCUUGGAGCUGAAGGGAAAGAAACAGUGGCUAGGCAGCGAGCAGAAGGGAAACAGACUGCUGCUACCCAACGGGUGGAAGGAAAACAGCCAGUGGCGCAACCUCCACGAAAGUCAGUCAAACCAGAUUCUUUCAAAAAAAUGGAGCCUCCAGUUAGAGCUAUUGAGCCCACUAUGUUGGUGCUGAGGUUCCCUCCUGAGACAUCUCUUCCAUCUGCCGCGCAGCUGAAGGCAAGGUUUGCUCGAUUUGGGUCAAUAGAUCAGUCUGCAAUCCGUGUCUUUUGGAAGUCAUCACAAUGCCGUGUUGUGUUUCGUCGAAAGCUUGAUGCACAGGCAGCUCUUAAAUAUGCUCUUGGGAACAAAUCCUUGUUUGGCGAUGUGAAUGUAAGGUACAACAUUCGUGAAGUAGGAGCUCCUGCUUCAGAGGCACCCGAAUCUGACAAGAGCAGAGAUGACACUUUUGUUGAUGCAGCACAGGCUGAGGAUCCUCUUGCUGAUUGGCAAGCUGUAGCAUUUGCACACCAACCUCCUUCACAGUCAACAGUACAGCUGAAAUCUAUAUUGAAGAGACCAAACGGUGAUGAAGCAGCACCAGUAACUGGUGGUAAUGGUAGUAGAGGAAAUCGUGUAAAAUUCAUGUUGGGUGGGGAGGAAACUAAUAGUGGAGAGCAAAUGAUGGUUGGUAAUAGAAACAACUUCAACAACAAUGCUAGUUUUGCUGAUGGUGAUGCACCCACUACUUCUGUUGCUAUGGGUUUUAGUAGUAAGAACAUUCAAAAGGUUUUUCCUCCAUCUCCAUUGCCUAUUCUUCCCCUCCCUACUCAAUUUGCAAAAGCCCCACUUAAUUAUUCACAACAUCAUACCGAAGUAGCACCCAGAAACUCGCACAAUUUCAACACCCCUCCUCCAAGUGCCGGACCCAGUACACCAAGCAUAGAUAUUUCGCAGCAGAUGCUGAGCCUUUUGACCACUUGCAACGAUGUUGUCACCUCCGUGUCAGGCUUGUUAGGCUAUGUGCCUUACCACCCUCUUUGACAACCAAUAUGGGCCAAUACACAAAACCCUCAUCGAAGGAUUGGACUACAUGAAUUGGGACAAAAAAGCCAGCCAACUCCUCCAAGGCUGCUCUUGGGUGUGCACUGUGCAUCGAUUGGGACACAAUCAAUAUGGCUGCAAAAAAUAUUUCUCGUGAAAAGGCAGCAACUGAUAUAAACACAAGGACACGGGGUCUUCCUUGCCGGGCGUCAAUGUCAAUCCAGCAAAUCCAUCAUGACUAAGUUUGGUGUAAAAUUAUGAAGCAUGGGAGUGGAUUACUCCAAAAAUGUACCCAUAAGAUAGCACCAUCCUCUUCUUUCCUCCAUUUCCAUUAGUUAUACCUACUCAUGGCGUUUCCAUUCCA